GCAUUUGAUAACCUGUCCGAAAUCCGUAAAAUUUAAUCAAUGAUCCGCCGCCAUCAGUUCUAAACACCACCGCGGCAGAUUGGCCGCCGUCGCUAAUCGUUUUCGUCUAUUAUCGGCCGUCCGCCGUCGCCGAUCGCGACCACUACUUCGGUAAACACCGUAUCGACGUGAUUUUAUCGGCCCCUGUGACCCGGACAGUAGGGCACCCGGUAGUCACUAUUCGCUGGUUUCCGUCUAUCGCCGCCGUUCGGUAACAUAACGCGGUAUCGGUACGUUCUGCCGCCGCCGCCGUCGUUACAUUUAGAAAGUACGAACCACUUUACGAGUGCAAUCCGACACCCGCCGCGUGUACUACCGCGUAACGACGACCACCGACGCACGUCGCGCGUUCCGAUCUGCGUGCUGUACGACAGUCACAACUCAGCGUUACGUCUGAAUGCCCGGAUCGUCGAUACGGAUCGCGUCAAUUGAUCGCCGUCGCCGCCGCCGCCGCAAAUUGUUCGGUCCUCGACGAAUUAAAAUAAUAGUUGACGCCCGCCCGCUGGCCGAUGAUACGACGAUAAUAUAAUAGUCACCUAAACAACAUCGAGUGUAUAACUCGUCUAAUAGGUAUAAUGCGUUUGUCCGCCUCAGCAUACGCCUGACAUGACUGUGUUACCACCGGACGGACGUAUUGUCAGCAGGUCGAUCACUGCUGUUGAAAGCUGCCAGCGUAAGUAUCCAUACUUUGAUGAGUACCUAUCUUUGGGCCUAAGGGAUGUUUUUAUAUCCAGGUUUUCAGUGCUAUUCGGGCAUUUUUCCUCCAAACGUUCUCGUAAUCCAGUAUUAGGUACCUACGCUCAUUUUGAAACUUGAUCAAUUUCAUCGUAUUGUUACCUAGGUGUAGAUGACAGAUCACCUAUUUUGGCACGUUACAAUGUAGGUAGGUAAGUAGUAUCAUAUUAUUUUGGAUUCCUAACAAAAUUUAUCUGUAUGUACCUACGUAUGUAUUUUAGAAAUAUUUUUAAUUACGAUUUUAAUUUUGAUACUACGUACAUUUUACUGUUGGGAGGAAAAUAUCUUUUAUUCAUCCUUCUUGGUGUCGUUUGUACUUGGAAAAUUGACUAAAAUGUGGUUUAUAAUAGUAGGUAUAUACAUAUUCCAUAUUUUGACGAAACUGUUAAAUCUUUAGGUAUAUUAUUUUAUUUGAUAUAAGAUUGAACCGUGUAAAUACUCAUAUAGAUAAACAUUUAUUAUUGUCAUAGAUAUUUAAGACACCUAAUGAAUAAUUGUUAUUAUUAUCUAUUGGUACUAUUGUCCAUCUUCUAAGGGAGUAGCUUUUUCAUUCAAUUGACAGUUGUUCCGAAAAUAUUCUAUUAAAUCGCCUGUUCCAAUGAAUCAGGUUAACUAAUAAACAGACUGUAUAUGAUUCAUAGCUUGAGUUGUGAAAUUUAGGUUUGUAAUACUAGGUAGGUUUUAUAUACUUACAUUUGGAAUGUCGUAAAACGUUUGUGCAUACCUAUGUAUUACAGAGAAACUGUUCAAUUUGGAAUGUUAAGUUCACUUAAUGGUCAUUGAACAUAACCUUAUUAAUUUAUUGUAUUGUAUUGUGCUAGGUAUAGUGUACUAUAUCUGUGAAAUUUGGAUUGUGAGCAUUAUUUUGUGGCGUUCAAAUUAAAUAGAUAAUACUGGAUUUAUAACCUAUUUAUGUUUUGUGAAAACAUUUUAAUGAUAGGUAGGACUGUUUAUACUUAAGGCUUUCUAUGAGACUUUCUAGUUUCUAUUCUUGCUUAAUUAGGUACCUUAAUGGUCAUUUUUGUAGUAAGUACAGUUGAUUUUUUUAGAUGGGUGAAAGUAGUAAAGUUAAGUAUAAAUAGAAGUUUGAAAGUUGCUGAGUAGGUCAAAGAAAAAAAUGGUUGGAUGUGAAUUGAACUCAGAUUUGAAUGUAGAGUAUAUUGAGUAAUAGGGAUGGAGAGAAAAAUAAUAAGGGUAGGUACUUAGUAACUCCAUUUAUAUGGAAAAAAGGUGAAGUCAAAGAACUAAAAUCAUAUUAGAAUGCAUUCAAAUUCAAAACAAUAAUACUAAGUUAAGUUUAUAACAUGUUUACCUUUUUUUAUUUAUAUAUGUACCUACCUAUUUUUUAUUAAUUUAACCGUACAAUACCUUUCAUAAAACAGAGGUAGGUUAGGUUAGGUUUAUCCAAAAAGUAGGUAUGUGUAAAUUACAUAAGUACCUAUUGAGGGAUUUCUAUUUUAAAAAUAUCCUUUGAGUUUCUUAUUAAAAAAAUUUCAUUUCUACUUCAAGAUUAUUUUUCUUAAAUAACCAUUAAAAAUUUAUUAUUUAUUUAAAUUAUACAUAAUAGCCCAUUCAGAUCAGAAUAUUCUUGAAGACAUGAAUGAUGAAACUGUAAAACAUCAAUAGUUUUGUUGAUGGAAUAAAUUAAUGUUACUUACUAGGUAUCUAUCCUUAUAACUUAGCAUUUUAUUGAAGAGUAAAUGAUAUCUGAGGUGAUAUUAUUAAAGUGUUUCAUUUAUUUUCAAUUUAUUUUUGAACUUUCAGGUUAAAUUAAACAUUUUUAUCGAGCUAAUUGGAGGCAUAUUACUUCAUAAUUUUGUUAUAUAGGUAUGUGUCAUUAUGUAUUCAUAAAAUUACUUUUAAUUUUAUGAUCCCCUAAUAAAUUAUGUUGUGUUAUUAAUUAUAAUUACUGUUAUUCCAUUAUUGGAAUAUACUUGGUAAUAUAUUAAAUUGUAAUAAAAAAUUAAUCUUUAUUAAAUUAUUUAUCAUCAUUUACUUGACUCAAUAUGUUUAUUGUUUUUAUUUUUCAUAAUUGGAAAUUGUAUAGUGUCCAUUAAAAUGAAUUUAUAUUGAAUUAUCAACUAACAACAUGCAAAAAAUAAUAAUACAAAUAAAACAAAUUAAUUGGGAAGAGUUCCUCUCUUCCUAAUGAUGAAGAUGGAGGAGAUACAAAUAAAUAAUAAUGCAACUAAUUGAUUGAUUGAAAUAGUUAGUCAAUUUGUGGCCAGUUAUAUAAUUGCAUUGCAGAUGUAUAUUUAUACAUAUAUUUUGAAAUGAUCAUUUUAUUUAAUGGUUGAAUUGAAAUAUAAUACAUUUGCUAUACGGGGCACAUAAAAUACUUAUUAUCUCUGAAAGUAUUGCUUAAUUUUUUUAUAUGGAAAUUUAUGAAACAACCAGUUCUGAAAUAUUACAUUGCCGUUAUUUGUUAUUACUCUUAAUAAGACACUAAGAGUAAAUAAACAUAGCAAAAAUUGUAUUGUACAUAGCACACAUUUUGAAAAAUUUCUUUCUUUCCUAGAUUAUAACUGUUAUAUAAAGAAUUAUCACUCUGUAUAGUGUUGACCUAUUAACCUAGCAGUAAAUGGUAAUUCAUUGUAAAGUAGCAUUUUGAAAUGAUUUAAUUUCUUUAAUUGUAAUUCUUGAUAAAUUUAAUCUUAACAAAUAUAACCUCAACUACCGAAGUGUAAAUGUAUAACAUAGUAACUGACAUGUGAUCUACCAGACCUAACUUAUUUCUAUUUAAAGUGAGUCACCACCUAUGGCAACUUGUGAUUAUUGGUGCAUUUGUCUACAUUAAUUUAUUUACUGCCUGGUAUCAACUAUUACAAAAAUAUAGAUAGCAUAGGAUGGCCACAUAAUGGAAUUUUAAAAUAUUAAUACUAAUACUAAUUUUUUUUAAGACUGAAAUUCAAAUUAUGUGUUGCAAAUUUGACAGACUCCAUAAUUAAGGGUUAAUCUAAUUAACUAUAAUUUAUUUAUUUUUAUAUAGAUAAUUAAGAAUAACAUUUUCACAAUAUAUAUAUAUGUUAAAUAUAUUAAAUUAUUUACAUAGUUUUAAAAUACAUAAUGAAUAUUAUUAUUAACAAAUUUAUAACUCACUAUUUAUGUAUAGGUAUAUCGGAAAUUAAUUAUCUAAAAAUAUUGAUUUAGACAUGUAAAAACAAAAUUGUAUAUUGAACUAUCAAAUAUACAGUUAAAUAGAUAAUAAUUAUAAUAGUAAUAAUUGAAUGUUUAAAAUAGUGGAACGAUCGAGGUAUUAUAAAUGUCUUAGGUAUCUAAUUUUAGAUUAUCCUCCUUUAUUCCUUCAAUCAAACCUUCAAAUAAGUUAAAACUAUAAAGUUUAUAAAUAAUUGGCACCAUAUUAGAUUUAUGUAGGUAAACUUAUUGUAAAUUGAAAUUUUCUGAUACCUGUAACUAUAACACUUACCUAGAUAUUUUGAAAUUUUUUUUAAAAUAUACAAAUCUAUUGUAUGUACCUAAAGGUUUUUUUUUUUUUAAAGACAAUGUUAUCUACAUAAUUAUUAUAAUUUCAAAAUACUUUUGACUACAGGUCCUUUUCGAAUGAAUAGAAAUUAUUAUAAUAUAUAAAUGAAUUUGGCAUGUUGUCGAGACAUACAUUAGUAUACAAAUAUUAAUAUUUAUUAAUAAACUUUUAUAGGUAUUGUGAUUAUACAAUUUUUGUUUUGUUCAAUUUUAGAUUGAUCUUUUUUAUAUUUUUAAAAUUAUGAAACUGGGUACCUUUUCAAGCUUUCAUAGUUAAUAAUAAUUGUUGUUUUUUUAUUUGUUUCAGUAAUAACCAAGUAUUAUUGGUAAAAAAAAAAAAAAACCAAAUAAUCAUACCUUAGUAACCUAACCAUCUUGAACGUUUGUGUAUACAUAUAUAAAAAAUGUCUUCCGAAGAUUUAUUACAACCAGGACAUAUUGUCAAAGAAAGGUGGAAAGUAGUAAGUGAAUAAUUUUUCUCCCACUUUUUUUUAUGUUUCUAUUUAUAAUUUACAUUGUCCCGUCUUGACUAGUGUAGACUACUAUUUUUUGUUCUAAAUGUUGUUACUAUUAUUUAUAUAUAUUUUUUUUUAGAAUUCCAACUAUAAAUUAAUUUCAUUUGUUAUUAAUAAAUUAUAUUUGUAAUGUAUAUAAUGUAUAUUGCUAUUAUCUUCUCAUUAAAAACAAAAGGUCAUAAAUUAAAAAAAAAAAUGAUUAUACUUAUUAUAAAUUGUAUCAAAAUUAUUUUUACUUUACCAAAAUUAAUUCUUGAAUGAUAAACAUUAGUGUUGAAUUAAGAUAAGUAUAUUAUUCAAAUAAAUUAUAUGUUCAACUCUAAAUUUUUAUUUCACAAAAGAUUAUUUUUAAAGUUUUUUUUUUUUUAUUAAUUAUUGUUACUUACAAUAAAUCAAGUGUUUUACUUAAAUUGAUUUAUGAUCUGUGCUAGAAUUUUUUUGUCUAUUUUACAAAAUUUUAAAUCCUUAAUGAAAUUUGUAUUCUAUAUUAUUUCAAUUUUAGAUAGUUUAUUUUUGUUAACAACUUCUUUAAAACUAUUUUAAUAUAUUAUUGACAAAAUAGUAAUUUUACUAUUGGUAAAUCAUAAUUUGAUCUAUUUAACUUUAGGCUCGCAAAAUCGGCGGUGGUGGUUUUGGUGAAAUUUAUGAAGGCCAAGAUCUUGUUACAAAAGAGCUAAUUGCUUUAAAAGUAGAAUCAGCUCGACAACCUAAACAAGUAUUAAAAAUGGAAGUAGCAGUGUUGAAAAAAUUACAAGGUAAGUGUCUGAUUUCAGUAAAUUGUUCAUGUUUGUAGUUAUUAAUUCAUAUAAAUUGUAAGCUAAGGGGUUUGAGCUAGGGAUAGGCCAGUUCCUGAAAAAUAUCUUAGAGCUGUUAGUGCUCAACUAAAGUCAUUAAAAGUCAUUUUUUUUUAAAUACUUAGGUACUAUAUGUAUAUUUUUUUUGUAAAAUAUUGAUUUUGAUUAAUUUUUUCAUUUUAUGUAUAUCUACAUUUUACAUUUGUACAAUCAUAAAAUAUAUUUGAAAACUAAGUGUAGGUAUUAUUUUAGAUUCUGAGUGGAAUGAGGAAUGUAUUGGUUUUACAGUGAUGUUUAUUUUUUUUUUGUGUGAACACUUUUUCUACCAAAAAGCUUAAUCCAAUUAUCAAGUAUAGUACCUUUUCUAAAAGGAAAUGUUUUCUGGGUGUUACUUUAGAGAGGUCAUUUUUGAAAUUUUUAUUAAUAUUCGAGAUAAUGAGGGAAACCUGGUGUUUUAGGUUAAAAACUGGUUGUCAUUAGUGACCAUUUUUAUUUACUUAUUUUUUGUUAUGAAGUUUUUAUUAUUUUAAUAUUUUUUAAAUAAUUAUUGUUGUCAUGUAAACGCACAUUGUAAUCAUUUUAUCAUAAUAUGAUAUAUAUGUCGAUGGUAGAAAUGAAAAAGGGCGUAAGUGUUAUUUUGACGAAAAUCGGUUUUUUACACUAUGCCGUAAACGACAUAAUUUUAUAUAGUUGUGCUCACCCGGUUAUUGAUAUUUUGGUUACUGACAGAGUUAUAAUAAAAUAAUCUGUUUGAAUGGCGUAAGUGCCAUCUAUCAAAUUAAGGCGUAAGUGACAAGUAAGCGACACAAAAUUAAAAAUAGGGCGUAACUACUAUAGAUGUUUAAAAUAAAGUGCCAUACGUUUAUAAUUCCAAAAAAAAAUUUUAGCGUAAGUACCAAAAACGUAUUCAAAGUAACAUAUCAGGUUAAAAAAAAAAAAUUAACGAAUACUAUUUUAUAUGAUAUCAAUUUAAUUACAAUAUUAAUAUCUAAAAAAUUUGUUCAUGCGAAAACAAAUAAUAUUUUAAAUGGCUUCAAAAUUUAAAAAAUCGUUUUUUGGCUCUACUGUAAUAUUGAUAAAAUGUCACCUACAUCCUUUUUCCUUUCUACCGUUGAUAUAUUGUUAUUAAAGCAACCCCAAGAAUCGUUUUUUUGGUUUGCAAUGGUUUAUAGAUAUACAUUAUAUUUCCGUCUGUAUCAUAUUUUCCCACCUACAAUAGUGUCUGCGCUCAAGUGCGAAGUAUGCCCAUCUUUUUUAAAUUUAAUUCCAUUAAACUACUUAUUUUUAGUAUCAUUAUAAAUUUACCAUUUUUCAUUUAUUUUUAUUGACAUACUAAAUCUUAAUGAUCUUACUAUGUUUUAAUUACAAAUUCAGAAUUAAGAUUUACUUAAAUAUCUUAGUUCGUGGUUUUAAUAAUAAAUUUAUGUUGAUAUAAGUUAUAAUUAAUCUUAUAACUGAAAUAACAAUAAAUAUAUGUGUAUUAUAAAUUAUAUUUAAUAUUGUAUAUUCUAUACUUCUAUACUUAUAAUAAUAACCAGCAUCCUAUAUAGGGUAUAAUUAUUUAGCAAAUAUAAUAAUUUUUUUUUUUAUAAUAAUCACAAGAACUCUACACAAUAGUUUUUAUAUUUUAUUACUACAACUUUAUAAUUAAUUUCUCUUUGAAUAAAUGUUCAAACCUAACCUAACCUACUAGGCUUUUAAAAACAAAAUAAUUAAACCACUUUUUUAAACAUUUUGUUGAAAAGUAACCUUGACAUUUGUACCUGUUCUUGUCCAAUUUAAGAAAUUCUGUUUUCGGAUAACAGUUCAAACUAUUUUUAGUGUGUAAAUAAUAAAAACCCAAUUAACUUACAAAGUGAGAUAGAUUAUUUUUUUACCCACUUGAAAUUUUUAAGAAAUAGGAUCAAAAUAAACAUUUUAAGGACUCAAAAACUAUUAGAUAAUAUAAGAAUGGAUAGGUCAAGAGAAUAUAUCACAUGAGUACGAAUAUAUUUAUGGUUACAAGGGUUCUAUCAAUAAAAUUGUAAACUUGAUCAAAAAUAAUCAAUAGUUCAUAACAAUUUUUCUAAUAAUCAUAUAUAAUCAUUUAAUAUGUAUUAUUAUUUUAACAAAAACAUUCAAAUUAAAUUAUAAUUUUUAAUUAUGUACCUACAUAAUACGCUAUUAAAAAAAUAUAUAUAUAUAUUUAAAUCACAACUCUGGUUUAUGAAAAUUUGGUAUAAUAAUAGUAGGUACUCAAUUGUAUUUAUUCAUGUCUGAAAUUGAUGUUUCGUUAAUUUAGCCCUUGUACAAUUUUCUUUUAUAUCAUCUUUAAUAUUUCUAAUUUUCUGAAAAAUAUGAUAAUCAUUAUACCAUAUUUGAUUGAUGAAAUAUUUACUUGAAAUUGUUUUGAUAUACAAAAUUCAAAUAAAAAUAUGUUGAUUGAGUUGUUAUCAUUAUGAAAUAUAAUAUUAAUGAUAAACCCUUUGCUGUGUGAAUGAGAGCACUAUUAGCAGUCUGUUUCACAAUCACAUUUUGGAACACUACCUCUUAUUAUAUGAAUAGGAGUGGCUUAUCCAUUCUUAUAUUAUCUAUGCAAAAACCAAACUUAUAUCUUCAAACAUGUGUUAUACAAUCCAUAUACAAAUAGAUUAUAAUAAGUUAUCAAUGUUAUCACAGUAAUAUUAUUUAAAAUUUGAUAUUUACUGAUAUAAACAAAUUAUUAAUAAACGUUUGAUCCUACAAAAAUAUAAUAAGAAGACUGAUAAAUGAUUAUGCUAGAUCUGAUAAUCAUGGGUUCCUUAUAACUGUGAACCAGAACUGGUCCAUCUUCAGUUUGAAUAAAUUUAAAUAUUAGUAUUUGAGAUUUUAAAAUAUGUCUUCUGCAUAAUAAUUUGUAUAAUUUAAAUUCAGGUAAAGAGCAUGUAUGUCGAUUUAUUGGUUGUGGACGAAAUGAACGUUUCAACUAUGUGGUGAUGCAGCUUCAAGGAAAAAAUUUGGCCGAGCUAAGGAGAUCUCAACCAAGAGGUGCAUUUUCUUUAUCUACCACGUUAAGAUUAGGAAUUCAAAUUUUAAAAGCUAUAGAAAGUAUUCAUGAAGUCGGAUUUUUACAUAGAGACAUUAAACCUGUAAGAUUUUAUAUUACCCACUUAAUUAUCAAUUAAAUACACAAUUUCAAAUAUUUUUAAAAUAAUUAUUUAGUCAAAUUUUGCAAUUGGAAGACUUUAUCAAAAUUCUCGGUGUGUAUUCAUGUUGGAUUAUGGAUUGGCUAGGCAGUUCACAACAGCAAAUGGAGAAGUCAGAACUCCAAGAACUGCUGCAGGAUUUCGUGGAACCGUGCGGUAUGCUUCUUUGAAUGCCCAUAAAAAUAAGGUAUGUAAAAAUUUUUUGUGUAUUACAUUAUAAACUUACAAUUGAUUUUUAGUUUUACAUACAUUUUUUUUUCCUGACUUAAAACAAAAAGCCAGUAUAUAUUGGUUGUUUUGUACAUCUUGCAAUGCUUCACAUAAAGGAUAUUGCUCAUAACUAGGCUAAUAUUAUGUAUGCCACUGUUGUAGGAAAGAUAUUAGAAAGGUAGAAUAUAUAGAGUAAUAGAAUUGAGAUCUGGUUAAAAUGUCAAUAGAUUGAAAUGUCUAAAAGUAUAAAAUAUAUUCAGAUUGAAAUGUUGACAUUCGAAAUAUCGAAAAGAACAAAAUACCAAUAAAUCAAAGUUUAUUAUUACUUAAGUAAAUAUUGACAAGUUAAAAUGUAUUUUGACCAAUUCAUUGUGGUAAAAAUAUACAGCUAUUAAAAAUAAAAAUAAAAUACUUGAAUUUACCUUUAAAAUUGUAAAUUAUCUCCAAGCUAGUGUAAAGUAUAUAGUAUUAACAGUUUAACACAGUAAUCUAUAUGUACAAAAAUUAACUGCAUACAUAGUAUGUUUUUAAUUUUUAAUGUCAUUCGAAUUUAAUCUUAAGGUGUUUCACACAUUAAAAUAGUUAUUAUGCUAUCUCUAGCAUACUAGCUAGUUAAAUAUUAUGUGCAAUCUAGUGUACUAGAAUCUCUAAUCUAUGGUGUUGGUAAACGCUAUUGAGUGAGAAAGAUAGUGAUAGUUAGGGGUAGCCAUGGAUAAAAUAUUUUUAAAUUUUUAUUUAUUAUUAUGUCUAUGAUUCACACCAUAAUGUAUGAUACAAUAUAAAAGGUACUAGAAACUAGCAGCAAAGAUAAGAAGAAUGACAAGAAAACACCUAUAUUCUGUAUUAAAAAAAUGUCUGUAUUCUGAUUGGUUCAAAUUAUUUAUGUGCUGGUAACUAUAGUGUGUUUCACAACUGAGACUGUUGCUGUGCCCCAUGGCAGUUUUAUCUCAAAUCAGGAGUUUUCAAUCUAGGGUUGAAAAUAAAAUGCUCCCGUUUUCAAACAAAUAGUAAAAUCAACUGGGUAUGUUUAUUUUGUGUACCACUGUUUUGUAUGAGCAGAUGUAUUUUUAUUAUAUAUAUAAAAAAAACAUCCCUAUAGGAAUUUUACUGCACAUUAUUCGCUAGUUUUGGAAACUAAUAAAAAAAUAUCACAAGAUGCGUUAUUGCUGAGUCGCAGUUGUUGAGAACCAUGUGGAAAAUAGUAUUUGUUCUAUUAUUAAAACUAUUUUUUAUAGUAUGCUGACUAGUGUGACUCCUUUAAUCAGUAUACUAUUCUACUAUUCCCAUCAGACAUAAAAUCUAGUAUACUAGAUAUCACACUAAACACAGCACAAUAACUAGUAUACUAGUAGUACUAGUAGGUACUGUUUUUUAUAAAGUGAGAUAAUAAUAUUGCUGUAUUGGUUUUUAUUAUUAAAUUAUGGCAAGUACUGAUAUUUAAUACAAUAUGUUAUUUUGAUGGUUGAUUAUUUAUUUUCAUUAAUCUGUCUAACUUGCCAAUAUUUUAAUAAUUGUCAAAGGUUCUUAACAUACCCAUAGAAUUUAUAUCUGUACUCAAAAAAAAAUUAUUGCAAACAAAAACCAUGUAAACAUCAAUAUUUCAACUUAAAAUGCUUAUUAAAAAAAAAAAAAAAUUUUAAAUUGCCAGAAUAAAUUAAAAAUGUGUAACAACCACAAUAAAAAAAAAAAUUAACAAGUCUAGAAAUGGCUAGUAUUAUAAGUAUUCAGUGAAAAUGUUAGAUCUCUAUUAUUUUUGAUCUAUUCACAACAAAAUAAUUAAUUUGAAAAUAACAGAAACUAUUAUGAUGUAAAUUUUCUGAUUUUCUUCAUUUAAAAUGACCAAAUGCAUCAACUAGAUAAAAUUUGUUUCCAGAAACCAUAUUUGAAGUUAAUUAGAGUAAGAUUUUUGGUAAAAAAUUUGUCAACUGACCAGGCCUAUAAUAAAAUCAAAAAUAAAUCUGUGUCUAUUGGAAAAUGGACACGUUAUUUAGACACAGAUUAAAAAUGUGUCCAUUUUCCAAUAGAUUUUGUUUUUGUUAAAUCAUUUUGAUAAUUUGUCUUUGCACUUGUACUAUAUUUAAAAUCUACAUUAGUUAUGAUUUUGGUCCAGCUUAUCUUCAUAAUUUUCCUUGGAUCUAGUGUAGUUCAAUACUCACUUCUUUAUAGUACACUCUAAACAAAAGUUUUAACAAUUGACUUUCUGGUUUUAAUAAUAAUGCGCUUGUUUGGUAAGAGAUUUUUUUAUUUCUAUUAUAGAUAUAUUGUUCUACUCAUAUAAUUACAUAAAUAACAAAAUUAUUUUACUUUAGGACAUACCUGUGUAAGUUCUUUUUAUUUAUUAGAUCCAAAAUAUAGAGAGUUGGUACUUAAGAGAAUAAAUUUAACUAUACAAUUAAUUUUGAUUUUGAUUAGUAGUUUUAGUUUUAGAUUUUAAUAUUAUUAUUAACAUUAUGGUUUUAAAAUAACAAUGCAAUAUAUCUAGGAAAUGGGGAGACACGAUGAUCUUUGGUCAUUGUUUUAUAUGUUAGCUGAGUUUGUCAAUGGCCAACUGCCUUGGCGAAAAAUUAAAGACAAAGAACAAGUUGGAGUUAUGAAAGAAAAUUAUGAUCAUAGGUCAUUUUUAAAACAUUUGCCAUCAGAUCUGCGCCAAUUUCUUGAACACAUCCAGGUACCUAUCUUGAAACUAUGCAAAACUAAUGUAUUUAAUAAUAACUAAUAUAUUUAAUAUACUGUUUUUAAUUUUGUUUGUUUGUAAAAUUAGACCCUUGAAUAUGCAGAUAAACCAGAUUAUAAUUUGUUAAGUAGUUUAUUUGAACGCUGUAUGAAAAGGCGAGGAGUAAAAGAUUCUGAUCCUUUUGAUUGGGAAAAGCCCGAAACUAUUUCACCAGCAGUAACUCUGAGUGUUAUUACAAAUAAUUCCACUCAAGUUAUAUCCAGACCUAUAACUUGCACAUCAUAUGGUAUUGAAAUUAACAAUCAGCUUAUCACCUCUGCAAUAGAAAAUGAUCCAGGACUAGAUAAUAAAAAUACUCCAGAAGUACUUGAUAAUUUAAAUAUUUAAUUAAAAACUGGUUAUUUAAUAAUUAAUAAUAAUUGUAUUAUUUUGCUCAGGAGAAAUUACCAUGUGAGAAUAUAAUUUACCGCCGAACUCAAAAACUUGAAUCCGAUUUGAAUAAUUCUGGUUUGAAUAAAAAUAUUUCUACUGAUAAAAAUCCUAAUGCCUUGUGUAGUACACCAUUGGACAAUUUACCAGUUCCCAAAAGUACAGUUAUUUAAUUGAAAAUAUUAUAUUUUUAUAACUUAAAUUCUAUUUCUAUUUGCUAUUUGUUAGGUUCACCUAAAAAAGUAAUUCAACGAAGAGCUGUUUCGAUGCCUGGAUUAGAGAGAGAAACAGAUAUUUUAGAAGCCUCUAAACGCAAUUCAUCUCAAACUAACUGCACCAUGGAAUCAGUUAUUGUUUCUCCUUUGAAUAUUGCUGACAGUCCUAGCAUAGAUGUUGGUAAUUUGAACAAUUCAUCUUCAGUGAUAACAGCACAAGAUGCAAUUAAAAGUAAACAAUUAAUUGAAAAAAACUAGUUACAAAAAGGUAGAAUAUUAAAUAUUAUAUUGUUCAUUAUUUACAAUUUUACUAGGCAAUUCUCCUAUGGUUGAAACUGAUAAUGUUAUUAGUCAAAUAAAAAAAGAACAACGAAACCUACAUUUUGCCAGACGCCAGGCUACACCAAAUAGACAAAUGUUAAAAUCUUCUACUACAAACAGAGAUCUGACCUACACCCAAUUUGCCUUAAUUGAUGAUGAUAAUUUAUCAGCAAUGCAACAAGUCACUCGAGGGGGAGGAGGUAUUUUACAUUAAUUUUUAAACAUAUAUUUCUAAGUUUAAAAUAAAAACAAUUUUUUAAAGGUUUAACUAUGAUGUCACAAUGGAAAUCACAAUUUGACGAUUCUGAAGAAACAGAUAAUGAAUGGAAAGCUGAAAGUCCAGAACAUAAAUUAAGUAUGCAUUGUGCUACUUCAUUGGUAUGUAUACAUUUUUAAAACAUUAAGAGUAAUUUAAUUGUUAUUAAUUAUAUAUUUGUAUAAUUAAAGAGUGGAAAAGAGAACAAUUCUCUGCAUUACCUUAAUAAUUUAUGUAAAACACCAGAUAAAAUAAUUCGAAGAGAUAAUUUAAUUCAAUACUUUUCAAAAUGUAAUGAUAAUCUAUUAAAUAAUUCAGUUCUGUCACGGGCGUGGAGUGAAAUACAGAUUUCUUCUAAAAUAAGGUAAAAAUAAAUAAAUAAUUGUUUAUUUAAAUCAGCCUUUGCUCUUUAGAUUUAUAAUAAAAUGUGCAUUGUUUUUAAAUAGAACAAACCUGGAACCUCCUUGGCUACAAGAAGCAGUCUUUGACAAUAUUGUUUAUAAAUUGGACACUAGUCGAAAUAUAGCUGUUCGGAACUCUGAAAAAAAUAUUACUAAAAAAUUAUACAAGUCAAUAAGUUUAGCCGUAUGUUUCUUUAGUAUUGUUUGCAAAGUUUGAUGUUAUAGUGAAAAAUAAUAAAGUUUGUAUUGGUUUGUGGUUUAUAGAAUAUUAGUUUGAGCAUUAUUCCUAAAAAAGAAUUUCAAAUUCAAUUCAUACGCCAAACAAAAAUGAACUCCAAAGUUUCUACUAACAUUACCAAAUCAUCCAAUGAUGUUGAUGAACUAUCGGGAAAAUUAUUAGCCGAUGACUCGCUUAAAAAUGGUUAGUACGUGCUAAACACGUCUUCACAUUUUAUUUAUUUUGUUAAAAAAAAAAAUUCACAUAUUAUAAAAUUUUAAUGCAACUUCUGAAGUCAUAAUGUUUGUAAUGUAAUUAUCCCAUUUUGGUAUUAAACUUAUUAGUUUAGUUUCAGAAUUAAAAAUAUUAUACAUUUUUUAAAAUACAACAAAACUGAAAAUUCAAAUUAUGAUAAAAAAAAUUGUUUACUUCAAAUUAUUAUUUUUAAAUAUAAUACUAUUUAUUUGUUAUCUCUCCCUCCUUUUAAAUUUAGGAUGUUUAACAUAUUUGUUAUUGUAUAUUUAAGCAUAUUAAAUGAGUGAAAGUGGAAAAAACUAUGAAAGCAAAAAACUCCAAUAAUAAAAAAAAAAAAACAAUCUUCUAAUUAUUUUGUAGGUAUAGACUUGACUAAUAAGGGUUGAUUGGGACAAUCAGUAUCAAUUUCAGAGGUUUUUUGCUAAUAUCUCUUAGAAUUUUUAAGAUAAAUUUUUUUUUUUAAUCAAAGGUAAGAUUGGAUAUUAAUUACUGCAUAAAAGCAUAUUCACUGAUAGUUUUUUAAAAUAUAUUUUUCAAAAAAUUCAUCAUACUCAUACCCAAUAUAGGGUGAAUGGGAAUUCACUUGAUUAUUUGGUUUUAUACAUUUAUUUGCACUGUUCCUAAGGUGAAUAAAGUCAGUGAAAUAAAUGCUUAUUGUGUUAGCUAAUAUCUUAGAUCAUGUUCAACAGAUUGAGCCAUAGUUCAAUAUUGUGAUGUAGAUGUUAGUGAUGAGUGGCCAGGUAAGUAGCUUUUAGUGUGCAUGCGUGCCAGCAACUAGUCCUGUAUUUAUCCCAAUGCUUUAUUAGUUAAUUUGGUAAUAUAUAUUUUAAUUCAUUGAAUUGGCAUAAAAUCUAUGUAAUAUGUUGAUCAUUUGAGAUAAAUAUGAGACUAGUCUUUGGCACACAUGCACACUAGAGACUACUCACCUGGCCAUGUACAUGUGCAUUAUUGAUAUUAUGUGUAAUCUAUACACUGUGGCUCUAUCCAUUGUGUAUGAUCUAAGGCUAAUAUACAAUGUAUUUCUUUAUGAGAAAUUAUUAAUUUUACAAUGAACAAACAUUUUGUUAAGUAUUACAUACCAAAUACAGGGAGGGGGGGAGAUAGAAUCAUUUAAUGCUUUUGCUGUAUAAAAUUUAUCUCAGUGUCUCUUGAGUGAAUUAGAUCAAUAAAGUACUUUGUCUACAAAUGUUAACUAAUUAUACCUAUAAAAUGUAUUAUUCAGUGGAAAUAGUUUAUAUAGAUAACAAAUAAUAUAAAGAAUGAAAAUGAAAAGAAACUUAAUUUAAAAUACAACUAUAAAAACAAGUCACUUAAUUAAUAAUAACCAAUUAGUACUUUCCUGUAACAAUAUAAAUAAAUACAAAAGACUUUUUAAAGAACAUUCCUUAAUAUAAAAAUAUUUUAUUUUUUUUUAAUAAAUUUAACUAUCUGAAUAAAUAAUACAAUUUUUGAACAUUUAAUAGGUAGGUAAUACUUUUAAAGUCAUGUUUCUAUAUAAACCUACACAUUUAAAGGCAAACAAACAAACAAAAAUAAAUAUAUAUAUAUUACCUAAGUUAGGAACCUACUAAUAAUAUAUACUGGCCAUAAUUACCCCAAAAUUAAUUAAUUUUUUGUUUGUUUUAGAUUUGUUAAAAAAUAUAAACAUCAAUAACAUUUAUACAAAGCAAAUAUUAUUCAAUUCAAAAUAUAUUUAAGGAGCUUUAAAAAUUAAAUUGAAACCUUGUAUUUAUUUUAUUUACGAUUUUCGAAUUUGUCAAGUGGUGAAAAAUUGACGAAUGAUAAGUGUAAUAUUACAUUAUCAACUGACAAAAAAAAAAAAAUCAUAUUAUAUGAUAUACAUUUCCUAAGACUUAUUGAAAUUAAUCUUAUCAUUAUUAGUUUAUUUGUUAUUACACAAAAUAAGAAAAGACUGAAAAUUCACCUCUAUGACACUAAUUGCCCCAUCCAUAGUAUAUUUAUUAAAUUACAUUAUAUUAUAUUAUUUAAUUAAAAUUUAUUUUUUACAUUUUUCCUGUAUUCGACUAAAUGGUUAAUGGUUACAUUAUUUCUUAAACCAUCUAAAUUAUUAUUAAAAAUUAGGACUAUAAGCCUUUUUGUUUGGCCUAAUAAUAAACUCAAUCUUCUGUAAAUUUAAUAUGGUGUAAAAUUACGACAUACUUAGGAAAUGAUGUAUCUGAGAAUUGUCCAAUGGAGACUGUAUCAGGGAAAUUGGAAAUUAGAGUUGUUGAUCGUAAUCUAGAUUGUAAAUACUGUGACAUGCCAGACUCAAAACCAAUUUUGUGUUUCGACGAAAAUGAUGAAGGUCUGUUCUAACAUAGAUAACAAAUACUUAACACCAAUUAAUGCAUGGAGCUAAUAAUAUGUUGUAUUUUAUCAGUUUGUAUUUUUAAAUUAACAUUCAAUUAAACAUGUUUUAUAAUUUGUUUUAAAACCAUUAUAACCUGGGCAAAAUUGCAGACUUCAUUAGUUAAUAAUUAUGUUAUAAUAAACAUUAUUAAGUAUUAACCUGUUAUAAAAUUAAUUUAAUAUUUAGACUAUAAUAUACAAACUAAAAAUAUGUUUCUUUUGUACACAGCUCACCGAAAAUGGGUUAGGAAAAAUGAUGUUAUGAGUGGUAAACAUUUUGAUGAUAGUAAUAAAUUAUCUGAUUUAAGCCUGAAAUCAUUUUCCACUUCUGAUCAAAAUAACAAAACUUCAGAUCAUAGCAGGUAACUAUGAGUUAUAUUGAAAGUUGAAAUUAAAUAAUUUUUCAGUGAAAGUAAUGCUUUCAAGUAUUUGAAUACUUUUAUUUAACCAACAAAACAGUUACAAUUACAAAUUAUAUAUUGUUUCAGAAGUAAAAAACCACCACAGCCCAUUAUUUUAAACAAAAAUAGUAAAAUUCCACUACCAGUCAAUUCAAAAUUAUCAGAAUCAAAUGAAAUUAAUACUGUAGCAUUCAGGUUAACACUUAUAUUAAUGGUUUUUUCAAAAUAAUUAUAAGAUUUAUUUUAUUUUUUUAGUGAUGAACUUGUAAAAGACCGUGGUCAACAUUUACUCACAGAAGUACACAAUAAAUCUACUUCUGACGACAUAGAUGAACAGUAUACACCUGGUCUGAGAAGAAGGCGGCAAGUUCAAGAUAAAUAUGUUACUGAUCCAUCACAAUUGAAUUUAAGAUUUCAAAGACCACAAAUGCGAAGGUCAAGAGAAACAUAUUAUCGAUCUAGGUAAAUAAAUUUGUUUUAAUUUCAAAUUUAGUUAAUAAAAUAAUUUUCAAUUUUUUGAUUAUAAAGUAUCUUUAUCUAAACUGUGGAAAAUACAAUAAACUUGAAAUACAAAUUGUAUAAAAUUAGAUAAAUAAUUUAUUAAUUUUCAGUAAAAUUCGUAAUACCUUUUUAAUUCAAAGACUGUGGAAUCAUUGUAUAACAAAGUCUACUUCUGGAAAAAAUUGAAUUUCUUGGUUUCUAAUUAUAAUAUAUUUAAUAAAGAUAACUGAAAUUACAGAUUAUCAGGUAGUCAAGAUGACAAUACUGGAUAUUUUUCAAAUUACAGGCCCAUUUCUAACCCAUCGAGUAGAAGUCUUGAGCGAAAUUAUGAGAUUGAUAUUCUUUCAUCUCCAACAUUGAUCCCACCUCCAAGCAUGUAUGCAGCAGAUGUUCAAACACUUGUUGAAAAUAAUGCAAGGUAUUUUCAAAUAAUAUAUUUAAUUAUCCAUGUCUCAAUUAAUUUGUUUUUCAGAUGCCGCAGAUACCAACUUUUCAAACCUACCGAGCUUGCAAGAGAUUAAAAUAAUAUAUUUUAAAACUAUAAAUUAUAUAUGAAUAUUUAAUGAAGGUAUUAUUAGAUUAUUUUCUACUCGGUUGAGCAAGUCAUUAAACUUCAAAUUGUGCAUAAGUUGGGCUUUUGAAUCUUAAUAUAGUUAUAUUAUUUUGACAUGACCAUAAUAUUAGAAAUUAGUGAUGGGCAUUAUUGAAUAGGUACUACUUAACUAUUUAAUCAUUAAUAAUUUUCUGUGAUGUCCAUCACUUCAUAUUAUGGUAUAACAUUUUGUUUUAUUUUUAAAUUAAAAUAAAUUUUUAGUUUAAACUUGCCAUUUAAAUUCAAGAAUGACCAAAUUUUAUUUUGACUUAUUUUCAUACUUAAAUUUUUAAUAUAUUUCAUUUAAUUCAACAUUUACUAUUUAUUUUUUUAAUUUUUCAUAUUCGUGGUUAUAUUUCAGACAAACAUUAAAUAAAAUAUAAUCAACUAUUUAUAAAUUAAUGAUAAUAUUUUAUUAUAUGAAAUCUUGAAUCAAACUACCAUAAAUAUGAUAAUAAAAAAAUAUAUAUAAACAUAUUUUAUUGAUAAUCACUUAAAUAAUUAAUCAUACAAAUGUAUUCAUAUUUUUAUUAAAAUAUUAGCUAAUUUAUUUAUUAGAUUCAAGCCUAAAUUUAAAUAUAUUAUUAUAUCACAUUAGUUUAUUGUGUGACCUAUAUAGUUUUAUUUUUCACGCCUAAAACAGCUUUGUAUUUUGUGUUCAUUUGUUUAAUUAUUUAGAAUAAUACAUUAAUUUAUUAAAAUAUUGUCAACAACCCCUAAAGGCUGUGAUAAAAGUAUUCUAAGGUUUUAACCUGAUCUAUAAAUAUUUCAUAAAAAAAGAAGAAAUUUUACUGACUAGGAAUGAGUAAUCAACUUAUUUUUGUUUAUAUAUUUAUUUACGACUAAAAAUUAGUUCUACAUUUCAAGAUCUCUUUUUAAUGUAUGUAUUAAAAUUUAUACAUAAUUGAUACUUACUCAUAUAUAAGAUAUAACAUAAAAAAAGCAACUCAUAUAAACACAUUAUUUAAUCAAGUUCCUAUUCUUCCAACAUAUUUCAUAUUAGUAAUAUAUAUAACUGGACCUAUAUAAUAAUAGAUAAGAUAAAUUCUAAAAUAAAAAUGUCAAAUUCCUCUGGCCAGAUUAAUAGUUUUACAACAAAAUAUAUAAUUUUGUUUUUUUCAAAUAUAAUAUUUGCCAAUUUUAAAAAUAAACACAUGAUAAUUGUUUUCUUCCUGUCUUUUUAUAUACAAUUUCUAGUUAGUAUGUAUUAGUUCAAAAGACUGAAAUAGUUAUUAAUAUUUAAAUUCAAAAUAUAAAUUGUGCAAAUUACAGCUUAAUAAGUUCAUAUUUUAGUUUUUAUAUUAAAAACAGACAGGUAAAUUUGAAUUUGACAAUGUUAUUUUACAGUAUUAAAUUGUGUAACUAGAAAUUUGUUUUAGAAAAUUGGGACUAUUUUUUUAUCCACACAUUAUAUUUUAAAUAUAUAAACAUAAUAUUAAAAAUGAUAUUGUUCAAAAAAUAAAUUUUACCUUAGGAAAUUAUUUGAGACAAACUAAUGGUUUUUCGAUUACUUUUAAGAAAUAUUCAUUACCAAAAAACCUAGUCAUUUUUAUUUGUGUACAUUAUGUGGUGCUCUUUUUAUUAUUUAACUAUUAUUAUAAUUUAAUGUCUGUACAUAUUUUUUUUUUUUAAAACUUAUAGUUGCUACUGAGAUUAAAAUAAUGCAAUUAUGAGUUUUCCUUAUUAGUUAUCUGAUUUGAUCUUAUUUAAUUUAAUUUCUACUAUGAAGUAUUUUAUAUUUAUAUUAAAAGAAAAACAUAAAUUAUAACUGCAUUUUACUGCUGUUGAAGUAGAAGUUGCUAGCCUUUAAUUUAAAUAUAAACAGUACCCUAAUUUAUUUUUUUCCCCAUUUUAUUAAAAUGUUAAUAUGAGCUUAAGACUUAAUUUUUUUUUUAGCUUUUUAGUCAUUUUCAAACUUAGUUUUGCACUAUUCAAAUAUAAUCCACGGAAUUAUUAUUUUGAUAAUCUUGUGAUUUUUUUUCUUGUCAUAGAACAUUAUUAUGUAUACAAUAAAUACACA